GCAUGGUAGUCGGCCUAAUAGUACGGGCGGGCGUUGUUUAUGCCAUAAUCCUGGUCACCAAGAAGUACGGCGUCUGGGACUCUCCUGAUGUUGCUCAGGAGGUGUAUGCCGAUGCUGCCGAGCACAUCGAACCAUAUGCGGAUAAGGCUCGCCGCCAAUUAAACAUCUGCCCGCCCAGACCACCGCCGCAGGGCGAGUGGUCGUUCUUUGGCAUCCACUACUACAACAAAUUGGUGAAAGCAUUCUUCGACGUUCUAAGCCUUCUACCCUACGGAAUGGCACUGGUCCUGGAGAACGCACCAGGCUAUUUCACCGCUAUGUAUGAAUACAUUCGCAAGUUGCUCCCGGAUGGCGAAAAGAAAAAGAAGGAAAUAACAAUAUCCAAGGGGCAGCUGGAUGAAACGCCAUUGGUCAGGCCACAUUGUCAGGACAAAAACUGUCCUAAGAAGCCACCUCUAAUUCCGCCUCCCUGCCCCAAGUGUAAAAGCGACAACUUCAUCUACGAACCCCGUAUACCAAAGAAUCCGAGAUGCGAGUGCUCCAAGUGCAAGGAACGCCCGCGGGAAAAAUGGUCAGAAAAUGAAUGCACCAGAAAUCUAAUUCCAAAGAAGAGCAAAUGUGCCUGUGGCGAACCUGUGUACCAAGAGCCCAAUAAAUCUAGCAAGAAGAACUAGGAGUACAGCGCAUCAAUACCCUAACGAAAUUUCUGUGUAAAGCGUUAUCUCGGCGAAUAAAACUUACCUUUGAUGAGACCCACAA